CGUGCGCGUCCCGCCCCUAAGGCUCGGGUGACCUCUUCCCGCCCCGCGCGUCAGGCGUGGGAGCUGCGGGGUAGGGCGGGUGAUCCUGGGGUGAGGGAGCCCCAAGGCCAGAGGGCAGAGACCGGGGAGCCAGCUACCCAAGGCCAAGGCCAGGUCAUCCCACACCCUCUGCAGCCGCUCCUGCUGAAGCAUUGGGGUAAACAGUGAAGACGACAUAGGGAUCAGUUUCUCCCUGUGGAGGCAAGUGGAGGGGAGACGUUGCCCCAGCAUGAACUGCACCCCCAGAAACAGGAAGUAGAAACUAAAGCAGCUAUCUGUCUGCCAUGGCCUGUGAGCCUCCUACAGACCCUGGUGGGGCAGCUGGUCCCCUGCCCACCUCUGUCCUGGGCUGCAGCACCUUGCCUCAGAGGAGCCCUCCAGGAUGGGGGCAAGAGCUGCACAAUGGCCAGGUCCUCGCAGUCCUCCGGAUCGACAACACCUGUGCACCCGUCUCCUUUGACCUGGGAGCCGUCGAGGAACAGCUGCAGGCCUGGGGCAUUCAGGUCCCUGCUGAGCAAUACAGGAACUUGGCUGAGAGUGCCCUCUUGGAACCUCAAGUGAGGAGGUAUAUCAUCUACAACUCCAGGCCUAUGCGGCUGGCCUUUGCUGUGGUCUUCUACGUGGUGGUGUGGGCCAACAUCUACUCCACCAGCCAAAUGUUUGCCCUGGGCAACCAGUGGGCAGGCGUGCUGCUUGCCACCCUGACUGCUGUCGGCCUGACCCUGAUCCUCGUGCUGAUCUUUGAGAGGCAGCAGAGGAAGGCUAACACGAACACAGACCUGAGGCUGGUGGCCGUCAAUGGAGCCCUUCUGAGACACCGGGUGCUGCUGGGGGUGACAGACACAGUGGAAGGCUGCCAGAGUGUGAUCCAGCUCUGGUUUGUCUACUUCGACCUGGAGAACUGUGUGCAGUUUUUGUCUGAUCAUGUUCAAGAAAUGAAGAGGAGCCAAGAGUCCUUGCUGAGAAGCAGAUUAAGCCAGCUAUGUGUUGUCAUGGAGACGGGAGUGAGCCCUGUGGUGGAAGGGCCUGAGGACUUGGAGGAUGCCCCUCUCCUGCCCAGCACUCCUGGUCCUCAGGAGAGACCACUCAUGCAGACUGAACUCUAUCAGCUUGUUCCAGAGGCUGAGCCGGAGGAGAUGGCCCGGCAACUACUGGCAGUGUUUGGUGGCUACUACACUCGGCUCCUGGUGACCUCUCAGCUCCCCCAGGCAAUGGGAACCCGACACACAGACUCUGCAAGGGUCCCAUGCCCCUGUCAGCUCAUAGAAGCACACAUUCUGGGCACAGGAUGCUGCCCUUUCCUGGCCAGGUGACCUAGGGACAAAGAUGUUCAUCUUCCUCCAAGACUGAGAAGUGGGGAAGGAGUCAGGAGCCUGGCAUGGCUGACAGUGAGCUCAGAUGAGAUCAGCAUUUGGGGACACUUUGGAGAGUGUCUGUCAUGUUGGCCAUGGGGUCAUCAAGGGCACACCAGAUGGCCACACUUGUUGGCAUCGUAUGCUGCCCUGGCCUUGCUGAAUCUGGUGGCUGCGUUGGAGUUCCCUGCCUGCAGCCUGGGUAGAGGAUCCCGUCUGUGGCCUGUGGAGCACCAGAGUCCUGCAGCCGACUCUACAGGGCUCAGAGAGGACACUGCUCUCUCCGAAUUGCCCCAGGCUGCUGAUGUCAUAAGCACACCCAUUUCCAGUGUGAGAGAAGGUCUUGGAAGGCUGAACCAGCGUGUGAACUACAGUACUGUCUGGGCUUGUCUCUUAGUCCCUGGGUGACCAUCAACAGGGGCACUUGGAAAAGAACACCCUGUUGGUGGGACUCAGACUGAUUUUGUGUAGCAACAUGCUGGCUUGUGAUCGAGAUUCUGUCCUGCAGAGCAACAGUGGUGUUUUCUGACAUUCCACUGUUCUGGAAUGAGGUGUGAUCAGACACUCUGGGUUUGAAUAAAGAGCUUAACAACCUCCACAAGAGCUUGAAGACUGCCCACAGCCCCAUGUCCAAAGCCCUCGUCUGAUGUGAAGGUCCAGCUCCAAGAUCCAGCCUUUGUGGUUUCUGUCUCCACAAAUCGCCAUUAUAAGUUGGACCUCUUCCCUGAACUGGCAGAUGUGUUCCUGUUGGACUCUUAUUCAUGUUUCAAAAUCCCUUCUGCUGCUUUCUGUCUCAUUGAAAUUCCUGAUGGAGCUGUUCCUAUUAUUGAUGUUUUAUGUUAUUCCGUUUUUCUCCUGUACAAACCUCUUUUUUUAUCGAAGACUAUAAACUCCUUAAGGUCCAACACUAUAUCCAUUUUCCUUUUGUGAAUGACCUAGACUUGCUUAGAACAAAAUAAUUCUGAAAAGUCCCAUGGAUCAGUUGGUUGCCUUAGCCUCUCCACCAGUUGUGGCAAAUUGUUCUGUAAACAUGGUUGAUAAGACCCAGGUCAUGAUGGACCAGAGUUCUGGUCUUGAGUUGUGUCACUUUAUUUGUCCACCCUCCAUGUGCUAGAUGGUUCUGGUCAUUUCCAGCUUAUUGUGCUGUUUGUUAUUCUUACCUUGGUGCACAAAGUGUUCCCUUGACCCCAACCGAGGUGAUAGGCCAUCACGGGGUUCUGGCAAAGCUAGUAACCUGGGUUCUUGUUGCAUAUCUGCCAACUCUAGGGCUGCAUAGCCACGGCUGAGUGCAUUGCCUUCUCGGUGUGUCCACAGACUUCUUUAUGGGGCUCUGUGGUGGCCUGAAAUGGCACAGCCCUGUGGUGGCCUGAAAUGGCACAGUGCAGCAGACUUUCUGGGUAAGACAUAUCCUACCUCUUUACUUUCUCUGUGUCCAAGAUGGAGGAGUCCCCCAGCCACGUCCGGGGUAACUUUGCUUAGUGGAAUUAUUCACUGUCUUUUAGCCCACUGUGGGAAAUGUCACUGAAUUUGAUCAAGGGAAAUAGUGCUUGUCAUCUGGUCACCGAACCCUUGGGUAUAAUGAUGGUGAAUAAAGCUGUGUUUGGUGAA